AUGUCUUUUUUUGACAAUUUACCAUGUGGUGAAUCAGUUGCUAAAUCCUCUUCAGUUUUAAUUUCGAUUAAUCGAUUGUUUGUUAUACACGAAAACUGCUGCCGAAAUUCGCUACAAAGAACCGCUUUCCACAAAAUCCUUAGCGGCAAAUCAUAUUCUUCAACCGUGCAGAGGUUAUGAUUUAAAGAGGACCAUGGGUGAACCCAAAGCAGCAUUAAACAACACUUGCAAGACUGUGGGGCUACGUUAUCGUUUCCUAUACGAAAAUGUUGGUGGCGGUGAACCGGAACUUAAGUUUGAGGCCCACCCUGUCAUCGAACUUGAAGUGGAGCUCCCAGAACCUGCUGAGCGAGAAGUCGAACUUAAACCUGAAGAUGUCGUGUAUACUGAUGAUGUUGAAUAUCUAAGAAGCCUAGAUCCCAAGGAAUGGAAGUCCCAAGACCACUACAAAGUACUAGGUAUAGAAAGUUUGAGAUUUAAAGCAACUGAUGAUAUUAUCAAGACAGCUUAUCGCAAAAAAGUUCUAAAACAUCAUCCUGAUAAAAGGAAAGCAUUAGGAGAGGAAAUCAAACCUGACGAUGAUUAUUUUACUAAUAUCACUAUGGCUAACGAAACUUUAGGUACAAUACAGAAAAGACGAGCUUAUGACUCAGUUGAUCCAGAAUUUGACAAUAAUAUUCCCACCAAUGCUGAAAUCAAAAAAGACUUUUUUGAAAUUUUCACUUAUUAUUUUAACCUAAACGCUCGUUGGUCUGAGAGAUCCAAAGUACCUAAGCUUGGAAACGAGAAUUCCACCAGAGAAGAAGUUGAAAGAUUUUACUCUUUUUGGUAUGAUUUUAAAUCUUGGAGGGAAUACUCAUAUGAAGACGAAGAAGACAAAGAAAAGUGUCAGGACAGAGAUGAAAGAAGAUAUGUAGAUAAAUUAAAUAAAGCAGAAAGAUUAAGAAAAAAGAAAGAAGAAAUGUCAAGAAUAAGAGCAUUAGUAGAUUUAGCUUACAAUAAUGACCCCAGAAUAGCCAAAUUCAAACAAGAGGACAAGGAUAGGAAAUUAGCAGCAAAACGAGCUAAGCAAACAGCUGCUCAACAAAAGAAAGAUGAAGAAGAGAGAAUCCUUAAAGAAGCUCAACUAGCAAAAGAACAAGCUGAAGCUGCUGAAAGAGCUAGAAUAGAAGUUAAAAGACAAGAACGUGAAGUUAUUAAAAAAGCUCUUAAAAAAGAACGCAAGCAGCUUAGAGAUAUGUGUAAAUCAAAUAAAUAUUUCACGGACGAUAGUGAUAAAAAUCUACGUUAUAUAACAACAAUAGAAGCGAUAUGUGAAAACCUAAGUGUAGAAGCAUUAGAGGAACUUAAUAAAAAUAUUAAAAACAAUGGCAAAACAGCAUUCCUAAAGGCCAUACAGGAUUAUGAAAAAAAUGUAGAAAAAGAACGCCAAGCUGUUUUAAAUGCUGGGAAACAAAAGAUUGCAGAAGAAAAAAAUAGUGCUAUUAUUAAAAUAGCACCUGAAUGGAACGAAGAAAAUUUACAAUUAUUGGUGAAAUCUGUGAAUCUAUUUCCUGCAGGAACAAAUCAAAGAUGGGAAGUUAUUGCUAACUUUAUUAAUCAACAUGGAGUUUUCAAGCCAGAUAGCAGUAAAUUCACAGCAAAGAUUGUUUUAGCAAAAGCUAAAGAUCUCCAGAGCACAGACUUUUCUAAAAACAAUCUUAAAGAACAAGCCAAUAAAAAAGCCUUUGAUACAUUUAAAAAAGAUAAAAAACCUGUUUUAAAUGUUGAUGAAAGUGGAAUUUCGAAGAAAAUGGAAGAAGUGACUCUUAAUGGCAAUGUUACAAAUGGCAUUAGAAAGGCCUCAUUAAAAGAGGAAGUAAAAGAAGAUACUCUUAACAAUAAAGAAACAAAAGAACAAACCAAUAAGACAGAAAAAUUUGUUUCAUUUGACAAGCUCCCCUGGACAACAACAGAACAGCAACAUUUAGAGCAAGCUUUAAAAACAUAUCCUGCUUCGACUCCAGAAAGAUGGGAAAGAAUAGCUGAAUGCAUACCAAAUCGUAGUAAAAAAGAGUGCAUGAAACGUUACAAGGAACUGGUGGAAACUGUAAAAGCAAAGAAAGCAGCCCAGGCGGCUGUCGGUGGAAAAUAAGUGAUAACUAUUUAGUAUUGAACUACCUAAAUUAAUUUUGUUUAAUUGGAACUGGUUGUAUUGCUAACCAUGUAAUUAUGUAAUCUGACAAAUUUGUUUGUUUCAAAUAAAAUUUCGAUUUUUUUUCCUCAUGCAUAUGUGUGUUUUAUUUAAUAAUUAUCAUGUACUGCUCUUUUAAAAUUCUGAA